GCGUAUCCGGAGGCUGCGGGCUCCCCUCGCAGCCCAGACUGACGCUCCCUCCGCCCCCUUGCAGCGCCUCGUCACAGCCGCUUAUCCCUGGGGUUGGGACCCCCAGCCCCGCGGCCCCGAGAUGACUCGCGAUUUCAAACCGGGAGACCUGAUCUUCGCCAAGAUGAAAGGUUACCCCCAUUGGCCAGCCCGAGUAGAUGAAGUUCCUGAUGGAGCUGUAAAGCCACCUACAAAUAAACUGCCUAUUUUCUUUUUUGGAACUCAUGAGACUGCUUUUUUGGGACCAAAGGAUAUAUUUCCUUACUCAGAAAAUAAAGACAAAUAUGGCAAACCUAAUAAAAGAAAAGGCUUUAAUGAAGGAUUAUGGGAAAUAGACAAUAACCCCAAAGUGAAGUUUUCUACUCAACAGGUAUCUACAAAACAAUCAAAUGCAUCUUCUGAUGUUGAGGCUGAAGAAAAAGAAAUUAAUGCUUCAAAAGAAGAUACUGACCAUGAAGAAAAAACCAGCAAUGAAGAUGUGACUAAAACAAUGGACAUAACCACUCCAAAGGCUGCUAGAAGAGGAAGAAAGAGAAAGGCAGAAAAGCAAGUAGAAAGUGAGGAGGUAGGAAUAGUGACCGCAGCAACAACAGCAACAUCCGUCUCUCCAAAAGUGAGUCCUAAAAGAGGAAGACCAUCAGCUACAGAAGUCAAAGUUCCAAAACCAAGAGGGAGACCCAAAAUGGUGAAACCGCCUUGUCCUUCAGACAAUGACAAUAUUGCUGAAGAGGAUAAAAGUAAAAAAAAAGGUCAAGAUGAAAAACAACCAAAAAAGCAGUUGAAAAAGGAUGAAGAGGUCCAGAAGGAAGAAGAUAAGCCAAGGAAAGAGCCAGACAAAAAGGAAGGGAAGAAGGAAGUUGAGCCAAAAAGAAAAACUACAACAAAAGCAGGCUUCGCUUCAACUUCUGAUUCUGAAGAAGAGGGUGAAGAUCAAGAAGGUGAAAAGAAGAGAAAAGGAGGAAGAAAUUUUCAGGCUGCUCAUAGAAGGAAUAUAAUAAAAAGUCAACAUGAGAAAGAAGCAGCAGACAGAAAACGCAAGCAAGAAGAGCAAAUGGAAGCUGAACCGCAGAAUAAAGAUGAAAGCAAGAAGCCAGAAGUUAAGAAAGUGGAGAAGAAACGAGAAACAUCAAUGGACUCUCGACUUCAAAGGAUACACGCAGAAAUUAAAAACUCCCUCAAAAUUGAUAAUCUUGAUGUAAACAGAUGUAUUGAGGCCCUUGAUGAGCUUGCAUCACUUCAGGUCACCAUGCAACAAGCACAGAAACACACAGAGAUGAUUACAACGUUAAAGAAAAUAAGGCGCUUUAAAGUUAGUCAGGUUAUUAUGGAAAAGUCUACAAUGCUAUACAACAAGUUUAAGAACAUGUUUUUAGUUGGUGAAGGAGAUUCUGUUAUUACACAAGUGCUGAAUAAAUCACUUGCUGAACAAAGACAACAUGAGGAGGCCAAUAAAACAAAAGAACAGGGAAAGAAAGGUCCAAAUAAAAAGCUAGAAAAGGAACAAACAGGUUCAAAAACUUUGAAUGGUGGAUCAGAUGCUCAAGACAAUAACCAGCCACAACACAAUGGAGAAAGCAAUGAGGAGAGUAAAGAUAGGCAUGACACCACCAUGAAGAAAAAAACAUCCAGUGAAGAGAGAGAGCCUGAAAAAAUUCCAAAGGACUCAGGAGUAGAAAACUAAUUUUGAAGAAAGGAUUGUCACAAUUUUUUCAUUUAAAAAUUUGAGUGCUGAAAGUUUUAAAUAAUUUUUAUAAGCAUAGAUUUUUGAUGUUUAAGAACUAGUUUUAAGGGGAAACAUUCCCUUUAUAUCUUCGUUUUAAAAGUAAACAUUCUUGCUGAUUGUAUUUGUGCAGUAUUAACCGCUAUAUACACAGUAAAAGUGUGUGUGUCUUUGGGGGAGAAAGAUCCAUUUAGGAAAUGUUAAACUGCUUUUAUUUUUUAAGAGUUAUAGUUGUAGUAUAUUUUUUGAUUAUUGUAUGUUAAUGUGUAGUUAAUGGUGGUCAAGAGUUACUUUUUUUAACUGCCACCUUCGCCAUGUUCCUAAAUACCUUGGUAUUUUUUUGUGCAUAGUUUUUAAAAUCUUGUAUUUACUGGAUUGUCUUUUCACUGUUUGUGGUUUUUGUAGAAGUUAAGCAUUUUUAUAGUAGCUAAAAUGUUACUUCUAUAUAAGAAUACUCAUUCACUCCCUUUUAUAAGAAAUUAGUAUUAAUCUUGCAAACUCCAUUUGCCAGGUUUUCCUGCUUUGAAACAAUCUGAAGUUGUGAUGCCUUUUUUUUUUUUUUAAAGCAGUUGGGUAACACAGAUGGCAAUUUGGGAAGUAGUAACUUGUUUUUUUUAACAGGCAAAAAUCACGUGUAUGUUUUCUUUCUUUUUUUUUGUAGUAGUUGGGCAUAGCUUUAUGAAUGAAGCUGGAUAAAUAGGCUUACUAAUUACUUUCUAAUAAGUGGCAAUCUAUUAAGUUAAUGGUGGUUACUGGGAACAGUCAAAACUAUGGAAUUCUUGUCACCUUACCAUUAGGUAAGACUGGAGGCACUUAAAACAAGGGAGUACUACCUUUAUGGAACAAAAGGUUACUAAUAAGUGCUCUGAUAUAGGUAUUCCAGAUUUUAACUAAAUAGCAAUUUUGAAGAGAAAAAUUGACUCAGUUAACUCAGUUAACAUGUAAAUAUGCCCCCUAAAAUAGAAAACUUCAUGGCACUUCAUGUUGUACAAGUAUGAAUGAGGAGAAAUUACUGGUAAAGUAUGAAGCAUAAUAUUAGUUCAGUAGUUUAAACAACAGCAAUACUUACAAAUACAGUGUUUUAGGUUGUACACUUUUGACUACAUACGUAUAUUUCAGGAAUUCUCAAUUCUUUUAGAAAGCAUGUCAAAUUUUUUUUUUUGUAGACAUUUCCACAAUUGGAGCUUGAAUAAACUGGUUAACUUGUGUAGAUUUAGAAGAUGUACUUUCAAGAGACAAAAAGGUACAAAUGAGAAUACCACCUAUAAUAUUGCUUUGUUGGUUGGAAUACUGCUAUAUAUGCCAGUAAUAUUAGCAAUUUGCUCCUAAUUUAAUUUUUUUAAAAAUCAGAUUUAUUGUAGUUAACUGAAAGUGUCAAUGUAAACUUAACCAAUUUUGAUUAAAGAAUUUUGUCAAUCUGAA